AUGGCAUCUAAAGAAAUGCCUCAUGAGCGAAUGUCAGAAUGGGAGAGUGCUGAACAAGAAGAUGAUUCUAUAAUGGAUUUCGCGGAAGUUGAUUUCUGGCAAGACUCUCUUGGAGCCUGGCUCAAAGAUUGUUGCAUAGGUCCAAAAGCUAUUGUAGAUGAGAAGUUCUGGCGACUUCCGAACAGAAGGAACUUGGAAAUACAAUACAAAGAAAUAUGUGACGGAUUAUUAUUAACCUUACUAUAUAAGGAAAUUGAUCCCAAAAAUGUUUCGUUGAUGGUGGUUGGUGAUAUCGAUUCAACUCGAGAUUUCAGUACCAAACAGCGCAUAUUCUUUUCCCUGUUAGAAGCUAUAAGGAAGUUUUACAAGCAACGAUUGAAUCAGUUAGUUGUUCUAGCUCCGCCAGAUAUUGUUUCAAUUGUACGAUGUAUCACACCCGAUGAAUCAGGAGAAGAGUUGAAAAAGUUUUUACUGCUUCUUCUUGGUUGUGCUGUACAAGGUGAUCGAAAAAAAGAAUUCAUCGAACGUAUUACGCGACUCGGCCCAGAUACGCAAAAAGGAAUAGUUCAUCAUAUUCAGAAGAUAACUGAAGGCACGACAGUGGUUUUACCAUUAUCUACCAGUACUCUCAAUUCAUUGACUAUUGAUCCGAAAGAAGUCGCCCUUCAUUUGGAGAGAGUCAUGAAAGAGAGAGAUAAUCUUGCUCAUCAGCUUCUACACAUGACUCCAGAUAACGAAAGUGACGAAGGAAGUAGCACUACUGCCACUUCCUCGCUAAAUGGGGAUUUGCCCCCUCGUAGAACUUCAGAAAUCCGUUUUGAACGUCGCUCUCCUUCACCAACAGCCUUUGAUCGACAUUCAAAUGUCGAAUUAGCUUCAGUAAAAGCUGAAUUGAGAAAACUACGAAACUUAGCGGAAGAGAAGGAUGAAGAGUUGAAUGAUCUUCGGGACGAACUCGAUGCCAAAGAGUCGGAGUUACUUCGAAUUCAAGAAGAACGACUUGAACUCAUAAAGGAUGCUCGUGCGGCUAAGGAUUUGCGUGACGAGCUUGAUUGCAUUCAACAUAAGUUGAUGAAGCUAGAAAAACUUGAACAAGAAAAUUCAAAGUUGAGAGAAAAAAUAGCUGAACUUGACUACUAUCGUUCACGAACAGAGCAAUUGCUAAGUGAGAAUGAUGCUUUGGAAAAAACGAUGAAUAUGUUGGAAGAUGAAGUUGAUGGAGCUAGAAUCAAAUGCAAAAAUCAACAAGAUGUUGAAAACCGACUAGAAGAAUCUCAAAAGAAUGUCAGAAAUUUACAAGCUGAUAUUAGCGAAAAAAAUUCCAAGAUUGAACAAUUAUUAUUGGAACAAUCACGUCUCGAGAAUGAGCUGAAUCUUCACAACUCAAAGAUUGCUGAGAUGGAAAGAUUCAAUGAUCCUGGAUCGCCAAGAGAAAGUUUUGGAUCUUUAGCUGAUCAAUUAAAUCAGAGUGAUCGUGGAGAGUCAGUGAAGCUUCGCUUAGAAAUUCGGAGAUUGCGAGCACAACUUGAGGACCAAAAAGAUAUCUCGACAAUAUCUGUAUCUUCCGUUGACAUGGAACCUAUUAAUCAAAGGAUAACAGAGAAAUGCCAGAAAAUCGAAGAGCUAAAAGAAGAAAACUCAAUGAUUACCGAACAGCUUCAUGAACUAGAGAAGACAUUGUCGGCAAUCAACAAUGAUUACAAAGAGACAUCCGCCACUUUGGAAUCAGUUCGAAAUGAGAGAGAUGAGGCUGUUAAAAGUCUUCAUGAAGCUCGUCGAAAGUUCACUCAGUUCCAAACGGAGUUUGGUCGCAAAUUCGAACAAGAAUCGGAGUUCAAGAUAAGAGAGAUUGAAGUAGAAUUGCAAGAGCAGAAAUUAAAAUAUAGUUCGGCUGUUGAAGAACAUACCGAAGCUGAGAAACAAUUGGAAAAGCUACGCGAAGAACAACGUUCUCUUAGGAAGACUGUAGAUGAUUUGAAAGAAGAAAAGCAUAAAUGCGAUCUACAAACUUCUCAAUUGGAACGAUCUCUUAAGAACUCUGAAAAUGAGAAAAACGCUCUGAAGGAAAGAACAGAAAAAUUGGAAGAUGAGCUUGAAGUCAUUCGAAUGAGAAUGCUGACCACUGAUGAUGCUGCUAAACGGUUAGAAGUCAGCGAACGUCUGCUUGUUGAACAACAAAAUCGUGUUGGAGAUGUUGAAUCAGAAAACCGAAGCCUUCAACAACAGAUUGAAUUGGAAUCGAAGAAAACGCAAAGACUUCGUGAAGAUCUUAUUGCAGAAAAAGCUCGUCUAGCGGAAAUAAUUGGACGGCUUCGUAGCCUAUGUGCAGCGAUCCAACUGCAUGGAGGCAAACUUGAAACAUCAGAAAUGAGUGAUGAGAAGUUGAUUGAUAACAUUGACGAAGUGUUAAUGGGAGCAUUGUCUGCUGCUAAACGUGAAGCUGAUGCUUUACGUCUUCAACAACAUACUCAAAUAGCGGAGUUAACCGAUUUACGGAGAGACAUUGAGAAGUUAAGGAGAAGUGAAAGUGCUUCCUUGAGCGAAAGUGAUGAUCGUGUCAGAGAACUUUCCAAAGAAAAUGUAUCCAUGAAAGAACAAAUUUUCCUCUUACAAGAAAAGGUUCGGGAGCAACAAAUUGAAAUUUCUUCUAAGAAUAGCCAAGUUAUUGUUGCUAAAAGAGAAAUCGAAGAACUCAAUCGCAAUGCUACAAACGCUACUGCAACCAACACUGAGCUAGCUCGUCUUCAAGUUUCACUCCGAAAUCUGCAGUUACAGGAAGAAUUACAAAAACAAGAUAACGGCGAUCUUCGUUGUCAACUGGAAACAGCUGAGAAAAGUCGUCAGUUAGCCAAAAAAGACGCUGAUUCUCUUGCAACAAUGCAUCAAGCUCUAUUAGGUGAUCAUGAUCGACUACAAAAUCUUCAUGAUCUGCUUACACAUGAUUAUGAGAGAACUAAGCAAGAAAACCAAGACAUGAAAGUUCGAAUGAGAAACCAAAGAUCUGUGCCAGUUGUUAUUCCUACCCGUGAACUUGAUGAGUUAAGAACUAUUUUGGCACAAGAGCGUGCAGCCAAGGAUAAACAGCUUAGAGCUUAUGCUGAUUUGCAUAACGAGCACGGGGCUGUAAAGCGAGAACUAGACAUGCUUAAAAAAGAGAAAGAUAGCUCAAGUCGAAGCUCUGAUUCGCUGAAUAUUGAAAUUCGAAAUUUGAGAAUAAAUGAGCAAGCCAGUCGAACAACAAUUAAGGAAUUGAGUGUUACUGUGGAUGAUUUGUCAAAAUCAUUGCAGAACAAAGAUAUUGAAAUCUCCAAAUUACAUAACCGUGUAGAGAUGCUUACUCAAUUAAACAGAACGUACGAUGAGGAAAGCAAAAAUCUUGCUCGCCAGGUGGAAAUGUUAUUGCAGCAGAACAAAGAGCUCCUUCAUAGAGCACUAAACGAUAAGGAUAUGUAUCACCAGGAGCAGAAGGAAUCCCAGGAGAGAUUAGUUGCUUUGAGAAGACACAAAGAAAAGUUAGAGGAAAAGAUCAUGGAUCAGUACAGAUCCAUGGAGAACAAACGGUUCCCUGAAAGAAAACAAGCGCUGGUCAAGAGAGCAGCCAAAGCACUCAUCAAUCGGCGGAGGCCCUCGCAGCCAUCUUCCAACGGUUCGACAACUGAAGACAGCUCGAACUAUUCAGCUGAUGAAGCUUCUAACAAUGCAAAUGGCGUUGAUGAUCUUGACAUCUUUCCCCCUACUUGCUCCUCAUCCGAUGAUGUUGACCGUACCUCUCCCCGUUAUGAAGUUAUAACCACAACUAAAGAUUCUCCUGGAUUUCCCAGCUUCAAUCCAGCCUUACGUAAUCGAAAUGAUAUCAUUGGAGGAUCAGUUCGAGUUUAUUCUAAUAAUCGGCGGCCCAUUGUCUCAUCAGGAUCUUUAGAACGGAACGGAUCAGAACGACCUGUUGACGUUCCUUCGUAUCUGCCUCCCAGGGCGCCUGUUCGUAAUUCUUCUGUUACGGCUUCUCUUCGUGCCAGACCACCUCCACCACCAUACCCCAAGACUAAGCCACCUCCACCAUAUCAACGAUGCUCCACCCCCAACGAUAAUUGUGCUACACCUGUUGAGUCUUCUCCUGUUUUUUUUGCUCCCAAAUGCUCAUCCACUCCUAAGAGUAAAAACGCUGAAGAUCGGCUUGUUGUAGGGGAAGGUGAAAAGAGGGACUUUGUCCGAGAAAAGGAAGAACGUGUGGAUAAAGCUAUGUCCAUAUAUGAGAAUGUUAAUUCAACUGAAGCGAAAGCAACUCCUGCCGAAAGCACUGUUUGGCCUUCGACUUUCUCGCCGUGUCCUCAUCCUCAUAGAAGAUUGACCCCUCUGCAGCGUAAAACAUAA